GGGUGACAGCUGAUGUGUUGAUUUCCUGAGAUAUCAUUGGCUGUAUUUGACUUUCGGCUACGCAUAUGCAGGUACGAACGGCUUUGAACUACCAUGGCGGCUAAUUUUGACAGUUUGACGUGAUAUCAACCACUUGUGACCUUGCUACAUGUUUCCACCCUUGUAUGGAAUUGUGAUGAUGGUGACGAUGGGUGUGAUGGCGGUGGUUAGACUUGGGUUAUUUUUACUGUUUUGCAACCUCUCUACCAGCCUUGCCUGAAGUACGAUCGUUUCGUGACUACACCCUUCAGCCCUCUUUCGUUCGUUCCGUCCCUCCUUUUUGAGAGAGUUGAUCCUUCCUCUAGAUACAGAUAGGUAUUAGUUAGGUCGGUCAUUCGUGCCCAGUUGUUCCUUCUCCUCUUCAACAUCAUCACAUACACACUACCAUCAAAUAGAUUCGUCUCAUCCACUCCACGAUCCUGCUACUUCGCUUUUCCUUUCCUUUUCCAUCUUAUCAACGUCUUCCACUGUCUCUCUCUCCAAACUAACCUAAGGUACCUCAACUCACGACUAUUCAUUCCGACUCAGACUUCACUCCAGACUCUCACUUCAUUCUCACUUCAAUUUGACUUCAACCACAAUUUACCUUCAUUUCGCUUUCAGCCUCUGCUGGCUCACCUACAUAUUAACUAUAGUCGCUCUUUUUGGUACCUUUCUUCUUACGGCUUGCAUGAUUAUUUGUUUGCGGCGAUUCACAUCAUCCAUUCUCAAUAUCCAUUCACCCAUCCGUUGAUUCAUUCUCUUCCACUACGCACGAACGUUACGAUCCCACCACAAGAAAUAAAUUACAGUCAUACCAAGAAACUCACAUUACACAACAAUAUAUCUUUACGCCGUCGCAAACUUUUCAGUCAUCUUCAUGACACGAACCGCAAGACCUUGAUCCAGAUACUACCUUUCAAAUAAAGACUCAAAUCUGUCUCACGGCCCGCAAGAAUUACUUACUAUCCAUUUCUCUUAUGCGAAUGACAAAAAAAGAACCUUCUGUCUUACUUUACAAGAUCAAUCAUGCGCAGUAACAUUUUGGCUACGGCCUACAUUUUGUCUUCAGCAGUAUCCAUAGCCAGUGGCUGUUCGGAGGUCUCUGGAAAUUGGUACUGUAAUCCCGUGGAUGCUAUCUUGUACAGCAAUGUCGGCGCACCAGGAACUUACAACCAAGUUACCGAUAUGUCCUCUGAUGGAAUUUGUUCUUCCACACCGAAGUCGUUUUCUGGUCCGCUUUCUCCAUUAGACGAAGAAGUUUCGUUUCAUUUUCGGGGGCCUCUUCAGUUGAAGCAGUUCGCAGCAUAUACACCGGGCACUACCGCUAGCAAGAAAAAACGUGAGGGAUCAACCGCUAGACGCCGUCGCCAUCUUCAGCAUAUUGAUAAACAUGUAAAGGGAGGCAAUCAGAAGCGCGAUAAGAUUUAUGCUACCAUUGAUGGACAACUUGUCUCGUGGGAUAACAACUAUCCUACUCCAGGUCUCGAUGCUUUUAAUGGUGGUGCAAAGACUGUUACUGCCACAAUUGAUGGUAAAAUACAAACAUGGAUCAACAAUUGGUUUGGACCAAGUAGCACGGCGAUGGUAACUCAAGCAUCUACUGCCGUACCUCAAAGUGUAUCUCAAGGCGCAGCUACAAGCGAAGAAGCCCAUGAGACCUCUACCUCUUUAACCGUAUCACCUACCAAUACGGCGUUGUCUCAGCCUCAAGCAUCCACACAUGCAUCUGCUUCUCAACCCAAUGUAUCCACAAAUCCAUCUGCCUCCGAGCCUCAAUCAAGCACAUCUGUCCCAGAGUCUCAAAUAACUGCGAGCACAACCAGCUCAGCCACAGCUAUAGCAUCUGGAUCCUAUAGUAGAAUAGGCUAUUAUAAUUCUGCAGAGCAGACUCUUGAUAACUUAGUAUUUCUUGGAAAUUAUGGUGGUCAAGGCUCAGGCGUAUUCAAUGACGCCUAUGGUGCUUCACUUUCUUUCGUGAAUAGCAGUGGCACAGGCGGUGCAUCAUCACCUCAAAUUCUUGCUGAUGCCAUCCUGCCAUCGAAUGAAGAGGUCGUUGUGAUGCUUGAUGAAGAAUGCAACAACGAUUGCGGUUAUGUGCGGCCUGGAUCUGUUGCUUACCAUGGCUUCAAUGGAGCGAAUAAAGUGUUCCUCUUAGAAUUUAGCAUGCCGAUAGAUGGAAGAACCGGGUUCAAUGGCGAUAUGCCCUCGGUUUGGAUUCUCAACGCUCAGAUACCUCGAACGAUCCAAUAUGGGAAUCCAAGUUGUUCAUGUUGGGAGUCUGGUUGCGGUGAAUUUGAUAUUGCAGAAGCACUUAGUAGUGGCUCGACAUUUCUGAAGUCUACACUUCAUACGAACAAACCAGGAGGAGAUUCAGACUAUUUUGAACGGCCGACUUCUAGCACAAUGAAACUUGCCGUCGUAUUCAGUUCUGCCACUUCAACUAUACAUAUUCAAGUUUUGCCGACGAGCUACGACUUCCCAACAAGUCUAACAACAGGUGAAAUUCAGAGCAUCUGUGGCACGAGUACCGGAAGUCAAUUUUCCGAAUUUACCAUCUCCUAAUCUUAAUCUAGAUCUGGAAUUUUCGUUUGGUUAUGAGGAAGAUUCCGUUGAUAGAAUGAUAAAAAAAGUUUUUAGAUCGGUGUUAGGAAGCAGGCGAUAAUUUUGUUCAUAAAAUACCCUUCUAUUCUUGCGUAUGUUGGCGUACCAAUGAGAACCUUUGACAUCAUUAGGAUAGUUCUAUUCCAUUAUGCCUUGCCAGUAUUGUAAGUGCUAGUGCUAUGGCAUAGAUAAAAUAAUCCA